GUUUAAAACAAGUUGAGACAUGGAUUUGUAAGAAACAAAAACAGCUGAUUUACUGUUGUUAUGUUUUUUUUAUUUACUUAUGAGUUUAACGUUAGAAGACAUCUUCAGCUUCUCUGUUCUUAACUGCAGAAAGGAUGGAUUCAAUUGGUGUGAACACGAUUGAAACAGCAGCUUUAGGGAGACCCUUUCAGUUGGGUAUGCUGUAUGACUACAGAAGAGAUGCUCUAAUACCAGGAAUCACAUUAUGGGAUAAAGAGCAGCUACAGGAGAGCAUUAAAGUUCGUCCUCAUGUUAACAUUUAUUUCAACAUCACAACCUCAGACUCUUUUGAGGACAAAACUAAAUUACUCAACAUUGAUGGUGGUGUGAAACUGAGUUUUUUAGGAGGACUCAUUGAUGUUGGUGGAGCUGCCAAAUAUCUCAAAGACAAUAAGAAAUCCUUCAGACAACAGAGACUGACCUUAUAUUAUCAUUCAACUACUAAGUUUGAAGAACUGACCAUGAAUCAUUUAGCUUCUGGUAAUAUCUCUCAUAAUGAGGUGUUUGAUAAAGAUUCAGCGACACACGUGGUGACAGCAGUGCUGUAUGGAGCGGACGCCUGCUUUGUGUUUGAUAGAGAAGUUUCAUCAGAUGAAGAUAAACAGACCAUAGCAGGAGAAAUGAAAGCUGCUUUUGAUAAACUAUAUGGUAUUUCUGUUGGAGCAAACGUUGAUGUAAGCAUGACUGAAAAACAGAAAACUGAAAACAAGAAAUUCACCUGUACAUUUUAUGGAGACUUCCAGUUACCAUUUAAUCCGACCUCUUUUGAUGAAGCUUUGAAAGUUUUUGCUGAUCUUCCGAAAUUUCUGGGAGAAAAUCAAGAACUUGUGGUUCCACUGAGAGUUUGGCUUUAUCCUCUCGACAAACUUCACUCAAAAACUGUGAAACUUCACAAAGAGAUCAGCAUCAGUUUGAUCACAAGCAUUGAAUCAGUAAUGGAGAGUUUAUGUAUAACUGAGAUGAAAUGCACUGAUCUCCUGACAGACUCUCCUGCACUGACUUUUGCUGCUUUCCUUGAUAAAAUCCAGCGCAUGAAGAAAAACUGUGAUAACUACAAAUUGAGUCUCAUGAAGAAACUCGGCUCUCUGUUACCAAACAUCUAUGGUGACUUAAUAAAAGACACAGCACUGAUUGAUCUUCUGAAAGAUCACGAGAAAUCUCCAUUCAGAGUACUUGAGCUGACAGAAUGGCUGAGAGAGAGACAGAAAGAGUCUGAUGUCAUUAAAACACUGCUUCAACAACUCAAUGAAUCUGGUGUAAAGGUCGAAGAUAACAUAGAUAAAAUUCUGAUGAAUCUUAAAGUGGAGAAUGUGAUCAGCUACACAUUUACAUCAUUGGACUGGACCGAUGAGGUUCUUACUAAACAAGAGGACUACCUGAGAUCUUCAACAAUGAACAACGAUGAUGAGAAUUCACCUAGACCUGAAUUCAAGACAAAGUCUUGGAUCACAGCUGACAUCAAAAAUAUAAUGAGAAACAACCUGAAGAUAUUUAAAAACCUAAUGGAUUCAAAGGAGCGUAAACCAGCUGAGUUUAUUGUCACAUCAAAAUAAAUGAAGAAUCAU